UUCGCGCUCACAGAACGAACAAACGCAGGGAACAGCAGAGUGAAAACGGCAGCCGCUGGCAGCGGGUGGGCAGCUAUUUUUAUACAUAUAUAACGCUGUUCUAGUCGGGAAAAAAUUAUAAGCAACUGCACACGUGUGCAUAUGCGUUUGCUGUGCAUUUAAACAACAAUAAGAACAAGUUUAAAGAAAAGUGCAUAACAAAUUACUAACAAAAUACCAAAAACAAGAGAAAAACAAAAAUAAAGAACGGGCGACGUUUUGUUGCUGUCAACGCGCAUAAUCGUAGCCAUCGCACACGGACACACUCAACCACACACACACACACGUAUGUACUCUACGUAUGCAUGUGUGCCCAUAACAGAAUCGUGCGUAAAAGAGAGCGCAGGGAAUAGGUCGCUGUGCACAGGGUGUAAAUAAAUAAUAAAGAAUAUAUUUGUUAAGGAAUUAAAUAACAGCAAAUACGGCAAUGCGUGUGCGCGACAAACGUAAGCCGCACAAAGAGCAAAAGGCUCAAAAAAACAACGAUAAACAAAAGCCAAUUGCAGGCGAUGUGGAGGAAAAGCCCAAUAAACCAACAACAGCAACGGCAACAGUAACAGCAGGAGCAGCAACAAGCACAACAACAACAACCAAAGGAAUAGUAACAUCAACCAAAGCAACAACAGCCAAAACAACAACAGCAACAAAAGCAACUGCAACCCGGCAGUCGCCACCAUUGCCGCCAUUGAAUCCAUCGGAUAGGAUCGCCUUUGAUAAUCGUAUCAAGCGAAAAAAUGUGCUGGCUCUGAAUGAGAAGGUGGCCGCUCUGCGGGAAUAUGAUCGACAGCCUGUAUACAAGCAUGUGGGUCGGAUGUUCCACUGCAGUCCGGAUCAGAUCAAGCGCAUUGUGCAGCAGAAGGAGCAGGUGAUGCGGGCAUGGGAGCAGCGAACGAGACGUUGCCAAGAUAACAAGACGAAGGAGCUGAAGGUGGUGGUGGUAUCGAUGCUGGGCAAAGCUGUCUUCGAGUGGAUACGUCGCAUGAUGUACUACAAGGACUUCAUCAUAUCGGACGGACUGAUACAGAAGAUGGCGCUGCAGUUCAAGAGCUCUAUGGGUCUGAACAACUUCUUUCCGCAUCAGGAGUGGUGCGAUACGUUUCGUACCACCUACAGCAUACAUCACAACGAUACGAAAUUAUUGAAGGUGGGCUACACGCAGAGCUAUUCGGUGCAGAUCAAUGAUAUAGUCAAGGAUGUGAUGUCUGAGUGUACGCCAGCCAAAGAUGUGGCGCCCGAUCUUAUGGAUGACGAUGACGAUGACGAGGAGGAUUUCAAUGCCACCAUCAGCAACAGCAGUCAUCUGGAUGAGGAUGAAGGCGACGUAGAUAUCGAUGGUGGCGGCGAUACAUGUGAUCUGGAGCGAGAUCAGCAUCAAGAUGUGAAGCCCUCGCUCAGUGAAUUAAAUGCGCAAAUGCUGCAACCACUGCCGCAAUUGGUACGACUGCCACAGGUGCCACCGGGCACCUCGCAAAAGGUGCUGCUGGCCACGCCUAUCUUGCCACCUGGGGUAACGCCUGCUGGCGCACAGACCAUGACCAUUAUACCGCUGGCUACGCUGGCGCAGAGCAUUACACAGCGACCGGUGACGACGCCACCGAAAAAGCCUUUAAAGCCGGCAAUACCGCCACCCAUGCUGGACAUUAAGCAGGAGAUCAAAACGGAGCCUAGAGAUGCGGAAGAUCAGGAGGUGGAGCUGACGCUGGAGCUGGCGAAGCAGCAGCAGGAACAACAGCAGCACGAACAACACCAACAGCAGCUGCUACAAGAGCAACUGCAGCAGCAGAUAGAGGAAGUCGCCAAGGAGCAGCCAGCUGCGGAGCAUACGGCUGUGUGCAUCAAGCAGGAGUUGGACAGCGAUGGCGAAUACAUCGUGGAUGAUGAUGACGACAAUGGUGGCCGGUCCAGCGUGACGUCCUUGGCGGAAAUACUGGCCGCCAAUGUGGAUGAUGAAAAGCAAUAUAUUGAGCAGACGCGUGCUAUGCGCCUGCAGAAACGAAGUCGCAGUCCAGCCAAAGAGAUUGACACGCCCAUGAUCACAUUGCCGCCCAUGCCCACGCUGACCAAGGCGCCGUCUCAAACGCCGACACCGCCCCCGCUGUUGCCGAAGCGUCGACGCCAGGAACAGGAACAAAGUCAGCAGCAGCAUGACAAGAACAACAAUGGCCAACCGAUAAUUAGCUGUGCGGAGGCGCGCAAGUACCUGAAGCUGUUGAAAGAGUUUGCCACGUUCAGGAAAAACACGCGACUGAUUGAACUAACAACGCGCGCCGAUGAAGUCCUGUGGGAGCUGGACGACGAUAAGGAUUAGGAAUAGAAAUAGUCAUAUAUGCAAUGAGUGUACGGCUGAUACACAUGUAUGCUUAAGAGCUAGUAGCACAUCUCGAAGAUGCAAAUGGAUGCAAUCAUAGAAUACUUGUAUAUUUUUAAUUACGUGUACUAUUACCAAAUACAGCAAACCAAAUAUAGCACCUAAUAA